ACAACUCCGAGUGCGGGAAAGGGAGUGAGGCGGCUGUACGCUGUCUGGAAGACGACAGUUGGGCGAGGAGGCGAGUGACAUAAUAGCCGCGCGCUCACGGCUUCUGACGGUGGGCGCUGCGUCUGCGUACGGGGAGCUGGUUGCCGCUGCGGCCGCCUGGAAUUGUGGGGGUUGUGUCUGCCCCUCGGCUGCCGGGCGGGAAGCCGAAGGCCCCUAACUAUGCCUCACCAGGGCCUGCUUCUAUUUAGGAUGGCUCCUCUGGGCAUGCUGCUCGGCAUGCUGAUGACCUCCUGCUUCACCUUCUGCCUCAGUCAUAAGAACUCGGAGUUUGCACUGACCAACCCAGAGGAGAGCAGCACCAAAGAAACAGAGAGAAAGGAAACCACAGCAGAGGAGGAGCUGGAUCCCAAGGUCCUGGAGGUGUUUCACCCGACCCAUGAGUGGCAGGCACUUCGGCCAGGUCAUGCUGUUCCUGCAGGAUCCCAUGUGCGGCUGAAUCUCCAGACUGGGGCAAGAGAAGUGAAACUCCAAGAUGAGGACAAGCUUCGAAAUAAUUUGAAAGGGUUGAAAAAAGGCAAAAGGCUGGACAUCAACACCAAUACCUAUACAUCUCAGGACCUCAAGAGCGCACUGGCAAAAUUCAAGGAGGGGGCAGAUAUGGAGAGUUCAAAGGAAGACAAGGCAAGGCAGGCCAAAGUUAAACGGCUCUUCCGUUCCAUUGAGGAGCUGAAGAAGGACUUUGAGGAGCUGAACGUUGUCAUUGAGACUGACAUGCAGAUCAUGGUACGACUGAUCAACAAGUUCAAUAGUUCCAACUCCAGCCUGGAAGAGAAGAUUGCGGCACUCUUUGAUCUUGAAUAUUAUGUCCAUCAGAUGGAUAAUGCACAGGACCUGCUUUCCUUCGGUGGCCUUCAAGUGGUGAUCAAUGGGCUGAACAGCACAGAACCCCUGCUGAAGGAGUAUGCUGCGUUUGUGCUGGGGGCUGCCUUUUCCAGCAACCCAAAGGUCCAGGUGGAAGCCAUUGAGGGAGGAGCCUUGCAGAAGUUGCUGGUCGUUCUGGCCACGGAGCAGUCUCUCACUGCAAAGAAGAAGGUUCUAUUUGCCCUGUGCUCCUUAUUGCGACACUUCCCCUAUGCCCAGCAGCAGUUCCUGAAGCUGGGGGGGCUGCAGGUGCUGAGGAGUCUGGUCCAGGAGAAGGGCAUGGAGGUGCUGGCCGUGCGCGUGGUCACUCUGCUCUACGACCUGGUCACUGAGAAGAUGUUUGCUGAGGAGGAGGCCGAGCUGAUGCGGGAGACGUCCCCAGAGAAGCUGCAGCAGUACCGCCAGGUGCACCUCCUGCCAGGCCUUCAGGAACAGGGCUGGUGCGAGAUCACUGCCCACCUCCUGGCACUGCCAGAGCACGAUGCCCGCGAAAAGGUCCUACAGACGCUGGGUGCCCUCCUGGCCACCUGUCGGGACCGCUACCGUCAGGACCCGCAGCUCAACAGGACGCUGGUCACCCUCCAGGCUGAGUACCAGGCACUGGCUGCCCUGGAGGUCCAGGAUGGCGAGGAUGAGGGCUACUUCUGGGAACUCCUGGGCUCUAUCAACAGCUUGCUGAAGGAGCUAAGAUGAGGCUGCCCCUGACACUGGGACUGGACUGGGACGCUGCUCGUGAGGCUGAGGGGCACCAGCUGGGGUGGGCUUUUCAGGGGAUACCAGCUAGGAGGGAGGACUUCCCCACUGGGGCCUGGGCAUCAUCUGGGCAGUGCUGGCCUGGCCAUUAAAUGGUAGCAUGAAGCCCAUUGUCUGUCUGUUUACUAUGUGUCUGUGCAGACUGGGCACAGUGCUUUGGUGGUCUUUGGGUGAUAGGGCCCUGAGGUCCCCUGGUGACGUGCUGGGUGGUCAGUCCAGGGCAUCCAGUAACAGGCCCCGUGGGGAGGGUCUGGGCCCAGGAGUUGGAAAACCCCAGUUGGGACCCAGCUGUUUACCAGCCAGUGGCUCUGUGACUUUGGGAAGUCAUUUAACUUCCCUGAGGCUGUUUCCUCAUCUGUAAAAGGGGAAUGCUAUUAAAUGAGAGAAAACAUACAUAAAGCAUUA